CCGGCCCGGCCCCGCGGCCUCCCGCCCCCCGCACCUGCCGCAGGUGCCGGCGGCGGCCGCAGCCGCGCAGCAUGGCCCAGCGGGCCGGGGGGGCGCCGGCCGAGAGGGCGGCGGAGCUGCGGAACAAACUCGUGGACCAGUGCGAGCGGCUGCAGCUGCAGAGCGCUGCCAUCGCCAAGCACAUGGCCGAGGUGCUGCCCGCCAAGAGCCAGAGCGUCCUGACUGCGGCCAAUGGGGCACGGGAGUUGGUCAUCCAGAGGCUGAUGUUUGUAGGAAAGGUGUGUGAAAAUGAAGAACAGCGGUUGCUGGAGAACGUGCACGCAGAGGAGGAGCGGGUGCACCAGAGCAUCCUGACUCAGCAGGCGCACUGGACUGAGGCUCUGCAGAAGCUGGAUGCCCUCCGAACCUACCUGGUGGACAUGAUCACCAACCUGGAUGACCAGGGCUUGGUGCGUGCAGAAAAAGAGAUCUUCGAGAGAAACACUGGAGACCAGGAUGUGCGAUGGCUCUCCAGAGGCACCGGCAGAUGCUCUGGCACUUGCUCAGAGGAGACCUCCAGCUCCUCAGCAAACAACACGGGGCUCCUAGCGAGGUGGAGCAAGCCGGUCCCUGGCCUGGUGGCAGGAGAGGUGGCGGAGGGAAUCUUGGAGCCGCAGGAGUCUGUGAAGUUAAACUUUAAUCAGCAGUGCGUUCAGAGUCCACUGCUGCACCGGCUGUGGGCCUCUGCUGUUCUCUCCUGCAUCACAGGCUCUCAAGAAAUUCACAUUGACGAGAAAACGGUCAGCCCCCACCUGAGCCUGUCGGAAGACAAGAAAACCCUGACCUUCAGCCCCAAGAAAGCAAAGCUGGACUUGGACUGCCCCGACCGAUUUGACCACUGGCCCAACGCUUUGGCUACCGCAGCUUUCCAGACAGGGCUCCACGCGUGGAAGAUCAACGUGGAGAAGAGCUGCGCCUACAAGCUGGGGGUUUGCUACGGCUCGCUGCCACGGAAGGGGUCUGGCAACGAGGCCCGCCUGGGCUUCAACGCUGCCUCCUGGGUUUUCUCGCGCUAUGACAAGGAGUUCAGGUUCUUGCACGCAGGUCAGCCCCAGCCUGUGGAGCUGAUCAAGUCCCCGGCCGAGAUCGGCGUGCUGGUUGACUUUGCAGGAGGGGAGGUGCUCUUCUACGACCCCGACUCCUGUGCCAUCCUCUUCUCCCACAGGGAGACCUUUGCGGCACCGCUCUAUCCCGUCUUUGCAGUGGCGCACCACAGCAUCUCGCUCGUCCAGUGAGCGAAGCGUUGUGCUCGCUGGCGGGGCAUGAAUAGAUGAUUGUAUGUGCAGGGAUGGUAUAUGCAACACACAGUGCCUUCACGUGGUGAAGGGUGCCCAGGCUGGGCUACCAGCUCGUGUACAGUGGUCAGAAAAGACCUGCCUUCAACCUGUCUGUUCUCUUGUUUUACGACAGCUUUCCUCCUCCUCGAGGCUACCCCACACCUGAUGCGUGCCCUCCGGGACCCCACUAUUACCCUGUAGCAGGGACCUUUGGGGAAAACCAGCAUUGGUCCCUGUGUCCUAUCCACACAGUGCCAGCCUUCCCGAGCUCUGGGGGAUGCCACUGGUGCGUGCAGGUGUGCAAGCCGAUGGCCCUGAGCGACGCAGCUCAGCCACAACCCCCCUGUGCUGGGAGCAGACUGCGCUGCCGCUGUAACGUGCUGCUGAUGGCACUGCUUGGGCCAAAGGCUUUUGUGAUCUCCCCUUAGCGUCAGCGCUGCUGGCUGGGCUGCAGGGCUGGAAGAGGAGCUGGGUGGUGCAGAGCUCCUGCUCUGCAGCAGUGGUUCCUGCUGAGCCCAGCUCGGGGGGGGCGGACCUUGGUCCCAACACUGCAUUUUGCUCAGUGUGGAGCUAGGAGUGCAAGUGGGGGAGAGCCAAAUUGUGAAAGCAGCUGUGCUGCAGCAUGGGAUCAGCGCAACGCCUGGCUCUGCCAGCCCUUUUCAGGUGAAUCAUUUAAUUCCUCUGCAGAACAAGGGCUUCUUUCCAACCCUGGCAGGGGGAGGAGCACAGGCAGGGGGCAAUUCAUGCUGCAGGAAUGAAAAACCUUUAGUAAAGGUUUAAAUUUGAUGGUGGGGUUAAAAAAUAAAAAAGAAAAUCAGGGGAAUAGGGUAAGUAUGGAGAAACAACAGGGAGGAGGCACGUAGCAAGGGACACUGGUGGGGACACACGUGGAAGGAGGCGCUCCGUGCCGCAGGAAGGAUGCCACCAGGUGGGGCUGUCACCCAUGGGGGACCCACAUUGGAGCAGAGACACCCCAAGAGGACUGUGGCCCAUGGAGGUUCCCAUGCCAGAGCAGAGGAGUAGAAAGUAACCAUUAGCACUGACCUAAACUGAGCUGCUUGUUGCUCACCACGGGAUGGGGAAGGCUGUGUGUAACGCAGUGAAAACAGGUGGUUGCUAUUAGGAGGGGAGAGAGGUGCUGGACUGACGCUGCUGUUGGGUGAAGGGGAAGGAAGGUGUUUUCUUGGUGUUUAAAAUUUGUCAUCUAUUUCUCAAUGUCCAAAUUAAUAAUUAAAAGUUUGGGGUUUUUUGCCAAUA